AUGCAAAAGUGGGUUAGCUUAAAAAACUCAUCUCUUCAUAUUGAAAAUGUGGUAGAUAAGCAAUCAAGGCAACAAGUGAUAGACAAUCAGUUGCGACUUACAAUCACAAUAGAGGGCAUUCGGUAUCUAGCAAAUCAAGCAUUGGCUUUUCGAGGUCAAGAUGAAUUCGUUGACUCAUCUAACCGGGGCAAUUUCGUUGAAAUCUUAAAGUCUUUUGCAAGAAUGAAUAUUGAAGUUGAGAAAGUUGCUCUAGAUAAGGCUCUUCAUAAUGUUCAGUAUAUUGCCCAUGAUAUACAAAAACAAAUCUUGCAUAUUUUUGCUACCAAGGUGAAGAAGAAAAUUUGUACCGAACUUGGGAAGAACAAAUAUUGUAUUCUUGUUGAUGAAUUACUUGAUGAAUCAAGCAAGGAACAAAUGGCUAUUAUUCUAAGAUUUGUUGAUUGUGAUGGAUUUAUUCGUGAACACUUUUUCGAUAUUGUGAGUGUCGUAGACACUAAUGCCUUGACUCUUAAACAAGAGAUAUGCAAAGUGCUUGAUAAUAACGGCAUUCUAGUGGAAAACAUGCGUGGCCAAGGGUAUGAUGGUGCUAGUAAUAUGCGUGGUUCAUGGAAUGGAUUACAAUCAUUGUUUCUUCAAGAUUGUCCAUAUGCAUAUUAUGUGAAUUACUUUGCUCAUCGCUUGCAAUUAGCAUUAAAUGGUGCAGCUAAAAAUGUGAAGGUUGUAUGGAGAUUUUUUUCAAUGUUGACUAACAUUGUGAAUUUUGUUAGUGCUUCUGCUAAGCGUCUUAAUGAGUUAAAUUUAAUCCGAAAAGCUGAACUAUAA